UGCGUACAAAGACUACUUCUACAACGUUAACAAUAAAUAAAUGCAGUGGAAUAAACAACAAAUUUAACAAUAGUAAUAAGUCGGCGCUCAAUUUUAGCGAAACUAAAAUUCGCUACCAACCCAACGGCCUCAAAUCCAAAAUUAAUAAAAAUCGACAUCAGUCAAUUUCCUUUGACAUGUGAUAUUUACAUAAGCCUAAAAUGCGACAAACCCCAUAAACACGGUGCAAUUAAAAUGAAGCCAAUAAUGCCUUGAUCUAGUCUUCCGAAAAAUGGCUCCCCCAGGCCAUGACCCCCUCGAAAAACCACUGAGCAAUUCUCAAAUAGUCCUAACUAGUCUGUGUGCCGGUGCUAUCGCGGGGGCUCUAGCGAAAACCACGAUCGCCCCCUUAGACCGAACUAAAAUCAACUUCCAGAUAAGCAACAAACCGUACUCGACGCGGAAGGCUUUAAAAUUUUUGGUGCAGACGUACAGAGAGCAGGGCUUCCUGGCGCUAUGGAGGGGCAACAGCGCCACUAUGGUCAGGAUAGUCCCCCAUGCCGCCAUUCAGUUCACUGCACACGAACAGUGGAAAAAAAUUUUAAAAGUGGACAACAACAAAUCGCCGCGGAGGCUGUUUUUGGCGGGCUCUCUGGCGGGGGCCACGUCGCAGACACUCACUUACCCACUUGACGUGGCGAGGGCUCGAAUGGCGGUGACCCACAAGAACGAAUACGCCACACUAAGACAAGUUUUUUAUAAGAUACUCCACGAAGAGGGAAUUGCAGCUUUUUACAAGGGGUACGUUCCGACAAUAGCGGGCGUCGUGCCCUACGCGGGGGUGUCCUUCUUCACUUACGACACGUUAAAACUGGUAUACAGAGAUUACACAAAGUUGGAUAGGAACGCCACUUUAAACCCUUUAAUUUCGCUGAGCUUUGGGGCUGUGGCGGGAAUGCUGGGACAGUGCAGCAGUUACCCCCUAGACAUUGUAAGGAGAAGAAUGCAGACUGAUACUCAAGGACAAUACAAGUCAAUACGGGCCACAGUUAAGAUUAUUUAUAAAGAGGGCAUCAUCGGCGGCUUCUACAAAGGUCUAUCCAUGAACUGGAUCAAGGGCCCCAUCGCCGUAGGCAUAAGCUACUCUAGUUAUGAUAACACUAGAAACCUAUUACGCCAACUAACUGUGAAAUGCAACAAUAGAAAGUUUCUGUAGGCAUAAUUUUAUACACGAAUAUCUGUUAUCGGAGUGUUGUUUAUGUACCUAGCUUUAUACAAUUUAUUUUGUUAUACGUUGAAAAAAAUAAAAUAAUUGUGAGGUUA